AAUUUCACCACUACGAACUUCAUCUCGAGGAAGCAAUACAUAGAAAUGAUAGUCACAUUUUAACUUUUUUGCAUAUAUACACUGUGUAUAUGACGAUGGACCAUGGACUGGCAAUAAAGGAAAUGGCAUGAAGACGAAGGGGAAUGGGACGACGAGUGAUGGAGAUCCUAGCGGCUCCAUUACAGAGGUAAGCUAAGGAAAUACGCAGAAUUACUGUACAUAGCCUAUCGAUAUAUACAUAGUAAGCAGUGUGCAUAUAUACAACAGUAGUAUUAGCAGGUCAAUGCCGUCCAUUAUGCCUAUGCGGCGUAAGAAAUGGACGGAAGAAGAAGAAGAAACCCUAAUCAACAAAUAUGGCGAAAUGCUCAACAAUGGGGUUUUGGGUAAAAUGAAAACGAGGGAGAGAAAAUUUCAGCCCAUUGCAACCCAUGUUAAUAUGAUGCACCAUGUUCAGGACCCAAUUGCCUUUCCUUGGCAAUGGACCUGGAAAGAUGCCUCCACAAAGGUUCAGAAUAUGCGGCACCAGUACCUCGGGGUUAAGCAAAAAAUCAGGAAAAUUGUUAAUAGCAUUGAUUCGGGGGACAGGGAGGAGUACGAGUGGGCAGAGGGCUUGACGCACUGGUCUAAUUUUUUGAAGUAUAAGGAGGUUUUUGGCGAUGUGGAGCUUGAUUUCGGUGACAUUGGAGGGCAGGGGAAUGGUGGGAGGAAUUUGGGAGUUUUGAAUGGGAGGGGUCGGCAGAGGAUGAGGUUUGGUAAUCAGGUGGCGCUCCUGGAGGAUGGAUCUUUUAUGAAGAAUAUGGGGCUCGAUAGUAGCCAGGAGAAUGGGCUUUUAGGGUUAGGGUUAGGGUUUGAGUACGAGGGCGAGGAAGGGGAUGAAAAUGGGAUGAAAGAGGGUGGCUGUGGGGAGGAGUAUGAGUACGAGGAGGCAGAGCAGAAUCCGGAGUGUAGUAGGAAGAAGAAGAGGUUUGUUAAGGAUGGAUUGAGUGGAGUAGUUGCGAAAAGCAGUGCUGGUAUCGUGGAGUCAAGGGUUUUGGGUUUCCUGGCUAACCAGUUUGCGCAAUUGAGGGAGAGGGAGGCAAGGAGAGAAGAGGCAGAGGUGGAGCGAGAGCGUGAGAGACAAAAGAGAGAGAUGUUGAGAGCAGAGACUGAAAUCGAGAGGGAGAGGGAGAGGGAGGAGUGGGAGAAGGAGAGGGAAGAGCAGGAGCAGAUGAGGGAGAAAGAGAGGGAGGAUAGGUUUCAGCUCUGGGAGAGCAGGGCGAAGGAGCGUGAGGCAAGGGAGCGGCAGAGAAGAGAGGAGGAGAUGCGAAGGGAAAGUGAGUGGGAAGAGAGGAUGGAACAGCGGAGAUUGGAGUGGAGAAAGGCAAUGGAGACAAUGAUGAGGGAACAUCAGGCUACUAUGGCUCAACUUCAGGCCCAGAUAGUGCAGAGCCAGCAGAAUGUUAUCACGCAACUGCUUGGGACUGUCUUGCAGUUUUCUGGUCAGGCUGCUGAUUUGUCUGAUCACACAGGAGCCGGGAACCCUUUUGUCACACAGAUUCUUCAAAAUUUGCAGCACUGUGGUGGGAGUGGGAUUCUUCCAAGUGGAAACAGGGUUGCAGGAGGAAGUAAUGAUAAUCAAUUUAUUGUAGAUGGUUGAACUGUCACCUAGCUCGGGAAAAUUGAGACAAGUGCUUCGAUGCAAUUGCAAUCUGUAUUGUAACGUGUAGCUUCAGCACAAUUAGUGCAAGCCAAUCUCUACAUGUAUGUCAGUUUGCUCGACAUUAAGCACACCCCACUCUGAAGAAUGUCAAGAACAGUUAAUGGUAGAGAUGUAAUGGCAUGGAAUGGGUAUCAUUCAUAGUAUCAUGCCAGUUUCUUUUAUGAGGUUUAAUAGAGGGAACAUAUUGACAGUUUGACCAAGGAAGGAUAUAUACAGGAUGUCGUCUUUAGGCUGGGCAACAGUUUAAUAGAGGGAGAUGCACACACUUACUAUAGUAAUGUUGGAAGGAUAUUCUGCUUGACUACAUUGCAUGGUCAUAUUGAUUGUCCUCUUAUGCUGCUUCAGUGAUAAAAUAAAAUGAAUUAAAUGUGUGGUUGAAUGCUU